UAAACAGAGCAGGCAGGGGCCCUGAUUCACUGGCCGCUGGGGCCAGGGUUGGGGGUUGGGGGUGCCCACAGGGCUUGACUAGUGGGAUUUGGGGGGGCAGUGGGUGCAGCCAGCCUGGUUCGUGACUGCCAGCCUGCCGGCAAGUAGACACCGGCCGUGGGUGGGGGAGGCGGCUAGCCCAGUGGCCUUGGGCCGCGUGGCCUGGUGGUAGUGGAGCCAUGGUUUCCAAGCUCAGCCAGCUGCAGACGGAGCUCCUUGCUGCCCUGCUCGAGUCCGGCCUGAGCAAGGAGGCUCUGAUUCAGGCCUUGGGGGAGCCAGGGCCCUACCUGAUGGGUGGGGAUGGUCCCCUGGACAAGGGGGAAUCCUGCGGUGGCGGCAGUCGAGGAGACCUGGCCGAGCUGCCCAAUGGCCUGGGGGAGACGCGCGGCUCGGAGGAGGAUACGGAUGACGAUGGGGAAGACUUCGCGCCACCCAUCCUGAAGGAGCUGGAGAACCUCAGCCCGGAGGAGGCAGCCCACCAGAAAGCCGUGGUGGAGACGCUUCUGCAGGAGGACCCAUGGCGCGUGGCGAAGAUGGUCAAGUCCUAUCUGCAACAACACAACAUCCCACAGCGGGAGGUGGUCGACACCACCGGUCUCAACCAGUCCCACCUGUCACAGCACCUCAACAAGGGCACCCCCAUGAAGACGCAGAAGCGGGCUGCUCUGUACACCUGGUAUGUCCGCAAGCAGCGAGAGGUGGCCCAGCAAUUCACCCACGCGGGCCAGGGGGGACUGAUUGAAGAGCCCACAGGCGAUGAGCUGCCGACCAAAAAGGGACGGAGGAACCGGUUCAAGUGGGGCCCAGCAUCCCAGCAGAUCCUGUUCCAGGCCUACGAGAGGCAGAAGAACCCCAGCAAGGAAGAGCGGGAGGCCUUGGUGGAGGAAUGCAAUAGGGCGGAGUGCAUCCAGAGGGGGGUGUCACCGUCUCAGGCACAAGGGCUGGGCUCCAACCUGGUCACGGAGGUGCGUGUGUACAACUGGUUUGCCAACCGGCGCAAGGAAGAAGCCUUCCGGCACAAGCUGGCCAUGGACACGUACAACGGGCCUCCGCCGGGGCCGGGCCCGGGCCCUGCGCUGCCCGCGCACAGCUCCCCGGGCCUGUCCACAUCCGCCCUCUCCCCCAGUAAGGUCCACGGUGUGCGGUACGGACAGCCUGCAACCAGUGAGGCCGCCGCCGCCGAGGUGCCCUCAAGCAGCGGCGGCCCCUUAGUGACAGUGUCUGCGGCCUUACACCAAGUGUCCCCGACGGGCCUGGAGCCCAGCAGCAGCCUGCUGAGCACCGAGGCCAAGCUGGUCUCGGCCACUGGGGGUCCCCUGCCCCCAGUCAGCACCCUGACAGCCCUGCACAGCUUGGAGCAGACGUCUCCAGGUCUCAACCAGCAGCCGCAGAACCUCAUCAUGGCUUCGCUGCCCGGGGUCAUGACCAUUGGGCCCGGGGAGCCCGCCUCCCUGGGCCCCACGUUCACGAACACAGGCGCCUCCACCUUGGUCAUUGGUCUGGCCUCCACCCAGGCCCAGAGCGUGCCGGUCAUCAACAGCAUGGGCAGCAGCCUGACCACCCUGCAGCCGGUCCAGUUCUCCCAGCCGCUGCACCCCUCCUACCAGCAGCCUCUCAUGCCCCCUGUUCAGAGCCACGUGGCCCAGAGCCCCUUCAUGGCCACCAUGGCCCAGCUGCAGAGCCCCCACGCCCUCUACAGCCACAAGCCCGAGGUGGCCCAGUACACCCACACAAGCCUGCUUCCGCAGACCAUGCUGAUCACAGACACCAACCUCAGUGCCCUUGCCAGCCUGGCACCCACCAAGCAGGUCUUCACCUCAGACACAGAGGCCUCCAGUGAGCCUGGGCUUCAUGAACCAUCAUCAUCUCCAGCCGCCACCGUCCACAUCCCCAGCCAGGACCCAUCGAGCAUCCAGCUCCUGCAGCCAGCCCACCGGCUCAGCACCAGUCCCACCGUGUCCUCCAGCAGCCUGGUGUUGUACCAGAGCUCCGACUCCACCAACGGGCACAAUCACCUGCUGCCAUCCAACCAUGGUGUCAUCGAGACUUUCAUCUCCACCCAGAUGGCCUCUUCCUCCCAGUAACCAUGGUGACUGCCUCUCAGGAGCUGGGUUCCCAGAGCCUGCCCUGCCUGCAUAGGGGACAAGAAGGGCCACGGCCGUGCUGCUUGGAGGACAUCGGAGACUGCCAUGUGUCUCCGGCCAUAGGCUGCUGGCCUUCUCAUCCCCCCGGCUGCUCCUCCAGCAUCAGAGGGGGAUGACUCGGGGGUGUCUCAGCCUGAGAAGGGGACCACAAAGGCCUGGAAGACAGAUCGAUCUGGCCAGUGUUUUGGAAGAUGAUCCCGCUGCUCAGAAUGGGAGACUCGAUACUUGGAACAGAGGCGGGAAGCCUGUGAUGCUGGCACUCCCAGUCGGAGCCUGCAGCCUCCACAGGACCUGAGGCCCUAGGUCCACCGGCUGGCUGCCUUCUGUCUUCUGUGCGUCCUCAGGCCAUUCCACCCUGCGCCAGAUCCUUCCAGCCCGUGAUCCACAUGCCUGUUUGCAGAUCAUCCCCCCCCCCACAUGGGGUUUUCCAAGCAGCUGUUCUUCGAGGCCUGGGGGCUCUGGGGAAGGCACGCAGGGCUCUUCUGGGCUUUCUCGAACUGAGUCAUCCCUCUCCAGCCCUAGGGUCUCAUUUGCUCCCUCGGACGGACAUGUCUUUGAUGCCAGCCUGGUAUCUUGCCUCUACUAGAAAGGCCGCUUCAGGGAAAGGGGUUGUCAUCCCUGUUCCUUAGGGUGUGUGACUCCCGGAGGAGGCGACACCCCGGGCCAUCAGCUCCUCUGGCUUUAGGGCCCUGACAACAAUUCCUUCUGGUGUGAGGGAGGCGGAACUCAGAAGGCAAGGCCUGAGCCGUGUCUGGUGGAGAGAGUGUGCUGAGACCAGCACAGAGAAGCCACCUAACUGGCCCGGGCUGAAGCCUGGGGACCAGCGGCCAUUUUGAGGCAUCCAAGGUCCUGAGUGCGACUGUGAGGGGCAGAGCAGCUCUGUGAACCCAGAGCACAUGUGACACCAUCUCCUUGGGCCUACUGUAGAGAACCCGGCUCUUGGUGGGCUCCUGUCUGGGACUGAGGAAGGGCCAAGAGAGAGACAGUGUCCCCUGCAGCUUAGAGCCGGCUACGGACAAGUCUGUACACUUAUUUAACUUUUAGUAAAGUCAAUGAAAAAGA